UUGCUCACAAGAGGAAGGAGCAAGAGAGAGAGCCCAUCAAUCCAACUACUUCAGCCUAAGAAAACCCAAAUUUCAAAAACUUCAUUUCAAUAUACAGAGAGAGAGAGAGAGAGCCCAUCAAUCCAACUACUUCAACUAAGAAAACCCAAGUUUCAAAAACUUCAUUUCAAAACACAGAGAGAGAUGGCGGGCGGAGGAGAGAACUCAACGCCGUUAGAAUACACACCAACAUGGAUCGUAGCUGCUGUUUGCUCCGUUAUCGUCGUCAUAUCUCUCUCUCUCGAGCGCACCCUUCAUUUCCUUGGAAAGUACUUGAAGAAGAAGGACCAGAAGCCAUUAUUCGAAGCCUUACAGAAAGUGAAAGAAGAGCUGAUGGUGUUGGGAUUCAUCUCGCUUCUAUUGACGGUCUUCCAAGGUGCGGUGAGCCGCAUUUGCGUGCCAGAGAGUCUCACACGCCACAUGCUUCCUUGCAAGAGGGAAAAACAGAACACCGAGGCCACGACGGCCCACUUCCAAUCCUUCUUCUUCUCUGGCAUUCUCAACGGCGGGAGACGCCUACUUGCUGAAGGAUCCACCAAAGCCGGCCACUGCGCUGAGGGGAAGGUCCCAUUGCUAUCUCUGGAAGCACUGCAUCAGCUGCACAUCUUCAUCUUCGUUCUUGCAAUCGUCCAUGUUGUUUUCUGCCUUCUUACUAUGAUUUUGGGAGGUGCAAAGAUACGUCAAUGGAAGCAUUGGGAGGAUUCAAUUGGAAAAGAGAACUACGAUACAGAAAAGGCUUUGAAUUCGAAUAUCACACAUGUGCAUGAACACGUUUUCAUCCAGCAACAUUUUUCAGGCAUGGGGAAAGAUUCUGCUAUACUAGGUUGGAUGCAUUCUUUUGUCAAGCAAUUCUAUGCAUCUGUGACCAAAGCGGAUUACAUCACACUACGUCUCGGUUUCAUCAUGACGCAUUGCAAGGGAAACCCCAAAUUCAAUUUCCACAAGUACAUGAUACGAGCCCUUGAAGCUGAUUUCAAGAAAGUUGUCGGUAUAAGUUGGUACCUUUGGAUCUUUGUUGUCAUUUUCUUGUUGUUGAAUGUUGAUGGUUGGCAUACAUAUUUUUGGAUAGCAUUCAUUCCAUUAUUUCUUCUGCUUGCUGUGGGCACAAAGCUGGAGCACGUUAUCACUCAGUUAGCCCAUGAGGUUGCAGAGAAACACACGGCGCUGGAAGGGGACUUGGUAGUUCGGCCUUCAGAUGACCAUUUCUGGUUCGACCGCCCCAAGAUAGUCCUCUACUUGAUCCAUUUCAUCCUCUUCCAAAACGCAUUUGAGAUUGCAUUCUUCUUCUGGAUAUUGACAACAUAUGGCUUCGACUCAUGCAUCAUGGGAGAAGUUCGCUAUAUCGUCCCCAGGCUUGUAAUUGGGGUGAUUAUUCAGUUACUCUGCAGUUACAGCACCUUGCCGCUUUAUGCCAUUGUCACCCAGAUGGGGAGUUCGUUCAAGAAGGUGAUAUUCGAUGAGCACGUGCAGGAGGGCCUAGUUGGGUGGGCCCAGAAAGUAAAGAAGAGGAAGGCAAUUAGAGUGGCCAAUGGCCGCGACAGUUCUAGCCAUGUGGGAUCCACAGAUGGUUCUUCUUUGGGAAUUCAGCUGCAGAAGGUGGGCGAGGGAGAAAAGGGGACUAUUGAUCGACCAACAGCCUUGAAUGGGCAUGACCCAUGAACCCUCAAGCAGUGUAGUGCCCUCACACCAUAAUACAAAUCAGCAUGCAUUGCAAAGCUGCUUGUAUGUGUAUGGCAAAGUGCAUUUACACAGCUUGUGGUUGUCUCUUAUACAAAAUGUUCAUACUUUGAUAUUUCGUAGAAAAGGAAGGCUAUCAUUCCCAUACAGAUUAUAGGAAUAUUGUAGACAGUGAAAGGGUGUAGAAGAUGAGUUGAAAAUGCUAUUUCAAGAGGUUACUUUUGGCAUCAAAUACUGUAUUUCUUUCGCUACA